AUGUCUUUCACUACUGUUGGCGGCUCUACUGUCCAACAUGCAGACUCCAUGGCCCUCCAGAGGCUCAAAAAUCGCAUCGAAGACCUGCCACCGGAGCUCUAUGCUAAGAUCAAGUCGUUCGUCUUCACAGACGACACUUUUACGCUCGAGAAAUCUACAACUUCACCUUUUGAGCCAUGCGCUCACAGCCCGCGCUGUGCUGCCAAGAUACACCGGGUCGUUCGGAUCGAUGAAAGUUGGAGGCCGCCACGCUGGAUGCAAGUCGAUCUAGCAGCAUGCGACACCUAUGCCGACCAGCUCUUCCACAAUGGCACCACCUUCAUCUUUCCGAGCAUCACGGUGAUGCAAAAGUGGAUAUCUUCCCGGGCCAACUGCGACAUCAUGCCUCUCCUGAGGCUGAAGAUCUACUGUUUAAUGCCAAAUCUCACGCUUCCUCCGCUCUCUCGGACUCCCACGGGAACUGAUGGCAAUAAUCAUAAUUCCCGGACUCGAAAUCACCAUUUCUAUGUCGACAGAAUAGAAGAAAACUUCGCCUCACAACUUCAAAACUUGCGCCAGCUCGUGGCGCGACAUGAAUGUCAAGAUUGGCUGAACGAAUUCCCGCAGACAUUUAGACAGCUUCUACGACCAGACGAAGUUAGAAAUCGGGCACUAGUGGGCCAGGUAAGAUUUAUCAAAUUGGAGAAGGAGAUUUUCGAAGCCGCAUGUUGCGAUAUUUGA